CUUUCCUGGCCUUUACUCUGUCAUCUACUGCUCUACUUACUCUCUCUCUUAUUUCAUUCUUCAUGAUAUUUAGUUUGUCUACUAAUCUCAAACUAAUUAUAGUGUUUUAACAGAUAAUUAUCAAAAUUUCAGCAUAGUAAAAGAUUUUUUUUCCCUCCCAAGAAAUAAAGGUGAAAAGAAAAUAGGAGGAACCACCUCUGCAGAGUUCUUUUUGUAUGUGGAUGCAUGGUGCCAAGAGAUGAAAUGGGAAAAUAUAAAAUUUUUGCAGGAGCAACGUUUCAGGAAGAAAACCAACUUUUUUCUCUUAUCAAAAGAUGAAGUGGUUUCUUCUAAAAAUUCCCCAAAAGCUACAUUUUCCUUCUUUGCUUCUCUCAAACCUUUGUAAAAUCUAACUCAUUCUUCCAUUUUGUUACAACCCCACCUCUUUUUUAUCAGAAAAUAAUACUUAAUAGAUUCCUUCAAAAUAUCACCUUUCUUUACUUUACCCUAUCCCCAUAUAUUCAAAAGUAGUAGCUUCUACGCCUGUUGAAACCAGAAAAAAACACCUCCAGGCUUUAGCAAGAGAGAUGGGUUGUGUUGCUUCUAGAUUAGAGGAAGAAGAAGAAGUUGUGUCAAUCUGUAGAGAAAGAAAACGCCUAAUAAAGCUAGCAGUAGAUAGAAGAUAUGCACUUGCAGAAGCACAUUGUAGGUACUGUCAAGCUCUUUAUGCAGUGGCAGCUGCUGUUAAGCUCUUUGUAGCUCGCCAUUCUUCACCUUCUUCACCUUUCCUCAUCACUUUUCCUCCACCUUGUCCACCUACACCGCCUGCUACAGACCAAAAUAUGAUAACCAACCCAAUGUUCCUCCAACAAAGACCUUCAGAGUCAACCCAUGAAGCCAUUGCUUGCGAGUCGUGUGAUUCUUCAACAAGCUCAGGUACAUCGGACGAAGAGACUAAAGAAGAGGUGGUAAGAGGAGAAGAAGAAGAACAACCUUGUGGGUACUUUUAUAUGCAAAUGCCACCGCCAAUGCCAUCACCACAAAGAGAUUUCGGUUGGGACUUUUUUAAUCCAUUUGAUGUUGUUAGACCAGAGAUUAUAAGUGGAUAUAACAGGUGUUCUGAUGAUGACUUAAGAGCGGUGAGAGAAGAGGAAGGGAUACCAGAGCUAGAAGAGGAAGGAGAUAGCAAAGAGGAAGAGAAAAAAGUUGUCUUUGUUGAAGAAAAAGAUACUAGCUGCAGGGAGCAUGAAGAGAGUGAAAGUGGCCUGAUUAAAGUAAAGGAGGAGACUCACGCGAGCCAAGGAGAGCAGAAAGGGCUAACAGGUAUUGACAGCCCAGAAAAGGGAAGGGAGCUUUUAGAAGCCUUGAAGGAUAUUGAGGAUCAUUUCAUUAGGGCUUAUGAUUCUGGGAAGGAUGUCUCAAGAAUGCUAGAGGCUAAUAUGGUUCAUUUGCAAUCUGGUUUGGAGGAAGUCAAAGAGAACUCAACUAAACUUAUCCAGGCUAUUACAUGGCAUCGGUCCACAUUGUCCAAGCCUCCAACUUGUAAGAGUCUUGUGGCUUCCAGCUCAAAAGGUUCUUCGGUAUGGACUGAAUAUAAGAAUGAUCUUUUUGAUGAAUAUGGAGGAAUGGAUUCAGGAAGCCAUUCGCUAACACUAGGAAGACUUUAUGCAUGGGAAAAGAAGCUUUAUGAAGAGGUUAAGGCUGGAGACUGCACACGGAAAAUCUAUGAGAGAAAAUGUUCUCGACUGAGAAACCAGGAUGUGAAGGGAUAUGAUGAGCUAACCAUGGACAAAACCAGAGCUGCAGUAAAGGAUUUAUAUGCUAGGAUCUUGAUUGCAAUUCGAAGUGCUGAAUCCAUCUCAAAGAGAAUUCAGAAAUUAAGAGAUGAAGAACUACAACCUCAAAUUAUUGAACUGUUAAAAGGCCUAACACGAACCUGGAAAGUUAUGCUUGAAUCCCACGAAACCCAAAACAAGAUCCUUUUGGAAGUGAAAUCUUUUGCCUGCCCCACAUAUGGAAAAUUCUGCAAUGAUUCUCACCGACUUGCUACACUUCAGCUCGAGGCUGAGCUUCAAAAUUGGCGUGCUUGCUUUAAAGAGUAUGUUGCAGCUCAAAGAGCAUACAUUGAAGCACUUCAUGGUUGGCUAACCAAGUUCCUGGUCCCUGAAGUUGAAUUCUAUUCCAGAGGAAGGAGUUCUGCUGCACCAUAUGGAGCUAACGGACCUCCACUUCUUGUGAUAUGUUAUCAUUGGUUAAGUUCCUUGGAGGAGUUGCCAGAUAAGGCAGUCACCUUUUCAUUGAAGAGCUUCUCUAAGGAUGUAAGGGCUCUGUGGGCUCAGCAAGGGGAGGAACAGCAACAGAAGAGGAAAGUUGAUGGCAUGGCUAAAGAACUUGAUAGAAGGACUAUGGCAUUCCAGAAGGUGGAAACCCGGUUUCUGGAGUCCAAGCUUACAGAUCAUAAAUCCGAACCAGAGAUGGAACAGCGGAAUGAAUAUCUGACAGAGAAGAAGGAUCAGUUGGAUAUGUUCAGAAAGAGGUUGGAUGUAGAGAGGGAGAAACACCACAAUUACAUGCAAGAAACACAAAGAAUCAUCUUAAAUGGAUUUCAGACAGGAUUUUCUGCAGUUUUUGAGUCCUUAAUCGGAUUCUCCAAUGCUUCUCUAAAGAUGUACAAUGACCUCAUCACUCGAAGUGAAAAUGCUGAAAAAGAGGGGAACCUAUCAUAUAUAGAGGGCUCUCAGGUAGAGGAAAACGGCAGCCGAUGACAUAAAGUGAACAAAGAGUUUUAAGAAUCUGAGGUUAAUGGUUUCUGCCUUUCUGUCGUCUACUUUGUAUAUUACAUCAUGUCGAAGCAGCUCGCUGAGACAAAUUUAUUUAUGUUUCCAUGUUUUCGUUUCUGAUGAAUAGCUAAUUGUUCAUUGUCACUAGAUGUCUAAUGUCUGCUGAAAAUUAUUUUGCAAGAUCUUCAAAUUUUCGGGUUUCCUAUUCUUUUCUGGUUAGGACUGAUUAAGUGAGAGGGCACUUUGUUUGAGCAACGAAUCUCUUGGGAGUGCAUCCAUUUUCAAUGAAAGUAUUUGUAUUUAGUGAUAACUUUGACCUGCAGAAUGCCCGAGAGCUGCACCUUUUGA